AUGUCAAUGCUCUUGGUGGUGGAGUUUGCCAUGCUGGACAACCCCUGGACCUCUGACCAGGUCGGUGAGAUGUUGAAAUGGCGUGUCAACUCGGGCCACAAGCAGUUCUUCCCAGAUUCGGGCGAGACCUUAUCGCAACGCCUCUGCAGCCGCAAGCUGUGGAAUUUCCAGCAAGAGGUUUACAACGAAGUCUACGAUUACUUGAGCAAGCCGGUCCCCGGCGUGGUGCUCAGCUUCUUGGCGGUGGCCUUGUGGAUGCUGACGAUCAUGAUGGAGUACCGUUCUUGCGUGGAGCAAGCACUUGGCGUGUGGCACCUGCCAUCCAUGAAAACGGAGGACGAGUUUGAAGAGGUCACGGACGACGGAGAGAUCGUGGUCAGAGGAAUCUCGCCUUGCUUGCGAGUCGUCGCCAUCGUGACCCUGAUCAUUCCUCGCCUCUUUAUCAUGAGUUCGUUGGCUGUGGUCGGGUCCAUCUAUGUCGCUCAGACCGCCUCCCUGGCAGACAUCGUCCUGAACUGUUUGGCACUCGCUUUUGUCUUGGACGUGGACGAGUUGGUGGCACAGGUGCUCCUCACAGAGAAGCCUCUUGGCAAGAACCCUAAACCCUAA